CUUCUGUCUUUCUGAGGGGAUGAGUUUGCGCUUAGGAUUCCGUAAAUUGGUAAAUGUUGGGAUUCACAUCCUUCCAUCAAUCACUUCGAAGGAGUCACAGUUUUGCAUUAUUCCUCAAAGUAUAUUGAGCACACAAAUAGCACGAAAUUACAGUGACAGAUUUUCUAUUGCGCCGAAAAAGAAAAAGAUCAGGUCAGUAUGAAGCCAGUCCUAGGGUGGCGGUGGUGGGGUGGCGCAGGUACUUACAUGGUAUACCUGCCAACUUUUUCUGAGAUGUAGGCGUGAGAUUUUUAUCCUGGGAGUGUUGGGAUUUUUGAAAACGACACGAUCAUUUCCGAAGAUUCCCGAAGAAGUCCGAAGUCUUCCGAAGACGUCCGAAAUCUGCCGAAGGCGAAGUUAUCGAGAAAACGCUUAUCCACAAAAUCAGAGAUCGCGAGGAAGGUAUUGUCAUUUAUUCAUUUUACACAUGGUUUUCGUUCCUUACAUGGGUCUGAGUUAACAUAUUUUUGGAAAUUGUGUCAAGCAAGACGGCAACAACUCACAUUUUUCAAUCAGGCGUGAGAAAUUGGUCCGCAGGCGUGAGUGGGCGUGAGAUCGAAGUUUUCAACCCGCAUGCGUGAGACUCACGCCUAAGGCGUGAGAGUUGGCAGGUAUAACAUGGAGAUGGCGGAUCCCAGGUAAGGGAGGUACCCCGCUCACCUGCCUGUACAUGUCCAUAUAAUCUCUCAUUUUAAUUCAGUGGGGUGACCCGUCAAGGUGGGUUGCCCGAUCUGCUAGACCGGGAAAUGGAAAUCCCCUCAGCUGUGUUCAAAUUUUGCCAUGUUAAUACUAUACACCCCCCCCCCCCCCCACACACACACACACACACACACUUAGCCACGGUCAGAUUCAUGUUCCAUCAAAUUUGUAACAAAUUCAACUAACUGCCUUUGCUGACAGCGACAACAGAAAGCCACAAGCAAGAUUGUAAGAUUGCAUUGCUUUCUUUUAUCCCAUGUGAGCAGGUUACUUACCCUACCUGGGAUCCCUAACCUCCAUGUUAACAGACCCUUUAAAAAUCAUAGGCGUAUUGAUGGGGUCACAUAUUUCUCACCAUUUGUUCUGGAUGUUUAAUUGAUAAGUGCGUUAACAAUGCAUCAGACAAUUUCAGCUGUGCCCAUCCUCCGACCUCUCAGGCUAACGCCCAGCCUUAUGCUAAACCUCAAAAGGGCCAAUUGCCAAUGGGCUAUUGCAUUUGAAUACCCCCCCCCCCCCCCAGGGUGAGGAGCAAUGAAAUUCCUCUGGGUUAGUUAAGGGGGGGGGGGGUGCAGAUAUGAAAAAAUUGCCAGAUUUUGAAUUGGUGACUUCAGAGGAUGGUAUGGGGUGGCAGCUGGGUGUUUACUGUUAGGAUGGAAUGGCAGUUUGGGAUAGGGUUAGAUGGCCUGGGUGAAUGAUAAAAUAUAGAUUUGUAUUGUUAGUUAAUAAAACGUAGAUUAUUAUCAUUCUUUUUUAAACAGGCCAAAGAACUCUUAAACUUGCUACUAAUUGCAAUAUUUUAAAUUUCAGAAAGACCACAGGCAACAGAAAUAAAGUAAGUAGAGGAAUACUGAAUUUUUUGUAGAGGUGGGCUACAACAGCAAAAGUAACUGGUCAUAAAGGCUUUUCUAUGCAUUUAACAGUUUGCUUUGGGCAAAGUAUUGACACCCAUUUUUUUUUUUUAAUUUUAGGGACAUUUUUAUAGUAAAUUUAUGUCUGUGUCUGUUAUAUAUAAGUAGCCUUUUUCGGUUAUUUGUUUUGUUGCAGCGUUCACUAAGGCAGUCACAAGUCUUUCAACUAGAUCCCUUGAGAGGAAAAGAUGCCUCUGAGAUCCUUGACAGCGGCAGACAACAAGCUAUCUCCGGUGCAAUUCUUUGGGGCAUUACUGACAUUCUUAAUGGUCCUGAACUGGAUUCCAGCCUGAGGGAUUGGCAACUAGAAAUAACACGGGUAAGUUAAUUGACAUACGUACCCAAUUUGUUUCCAGGAAGAAAGACUCAGUCAAGCAAGACAAAAAGAGGAAAUAGUCUUUUUAAUGUCUUGCUAGAAACAAAGUAGACCUUUCCCUUACACCUUUGAACAAUAAGCAACAACAUGAGGCUCCAGUUGACAAAAUACAAAACACAUCGUUUUGUAUGAAACUGCCCACCCAGUCCUUGACCUUAUUAAGUACCGUAUGUGUUCCCACUGAAGUGGAAUUCAGGGACUACUUUGGUCUACAACAUUAAAAAUUGUCAAACAUUUACAAUUCUCACUGUCAAACAAGUGCACAAGGUUGUUGUCUGCAAUAUGGUGGGUUUUUAAGGCAAACAUUUCUCUGCAAGAUGGUAUACAAUAAAAAUAUUAUUAGUUUCUGCCUAGAUUUUGAAAGCAGAAAAAAAAACUGAAAAGAGAAGAAAGUGUGAUCAAUAGGAUAGGCACAAGGCAAAAGGACAAAGUGGGGGAUGGGUUGCGCUAGCCUGCAUUGCAGCCGGCCCAUGCACUCGUCUUAUAAACCAAGGUUUAGAGCAUCUGCAACGCAGGCAAGGGAUAGGGAGGGGAAGAAAAAAACGCCAAUCAAUGAUAAGAAUACUUCCAUUUGUUUUAUGGCUUGUCUUCCCUGACCGCCUGCUUCCCUAUCUUGUGACUCUUGAAUCCUAGUGUGGCCUGUGUUCCUGCCACCGCAGGCUUUAUUAAGUAGGGAGUUCUAGCAUCGACGACGGCUACGACAAUGAAAACAUCACUUUUAAAAUGAAUUAGCGUUUUUCAAACUUCAUCGUGUUUAUUCCAAAUUAUUCACUGAAAAUGUCUAAUGUAGGCAACUUUCCCUGGAGAUGAUUUCUUGGGGACCACUCUCAAGUUUGGAAAGAGAAAGAAAAUUUCUUCGUCACUUGUUUACAUCCUCCAUAAAAUGUGAAAUUAGGCAUUUUCACAUCGUAGUCAUGCCGCAAUGGCAAAGAUAUGUACAAAAAAGUGUGAUGCACGUGCAAACUUGUUUUUUUGCUUAAUAAACCUAUUGCUGUUUUGACGCUCUUGUUGCUGUCGCUGUUGUCGUUGCUAAAACUCCCUAGAGAGAGUGCUAUUUUGUUGACUAAAUUCUUUCCUUUUCAAGGUGAGAGUGACCCCAGAUCUUGGGUAUGCAACAAUAUACUGGGCAGUUUCAGGUGAAUCAAAAGGUGAUGUUGAAACUGUUCAAAGCCUUUUGGAUGAAAACACAAAUUACAUAAGGUAUGUAUUUUUACCCCGAAGCUUUGAAAAUUGAGGGAUUUUAAUGAAAUUUGCAUUCAUCUCAUUACCCUCCUAGCUUCAUAGCAAUACCUCAAGUUGGAGAAAUCCAUGUGUUGAGCAAAGCUUCAUGUUUAUAAGAAAACAUCAUCAUAAAGCUCUAUGGUUAUUUUGAGCCUUCAAAUUUUCACCUUGUUCCCACACUGUCAUAGAAAAACUUUGGUCUCACUUUUCUCUCACUACUGGUCAGUCUGAGUGCAAAAUACACUAGCCUUUAUUUUAUUAAUAAUUUUUAUUAUAUAGACACGAGUGUUUUACCACUCGUAAAAUUCAUAAAAACUACAUCUGGGACCCGAGUGGUCUAUUUUCCAUAAUCUCACACGUGAGUUUAUCGAUGACCUAAUUUCGGUCAUUUCCCUCUAUUAUUUUAUGUCUUUUUGUCUAUAUUAUAUAAUAAAAGAACAUUACACGGUGGCUUGAAGAUAUGAAUUUUAUUUUCACGCGGCAAAAACAAUAUUUUACUCACUUGCUGCACUCGUUCAUAAAAUAUUGUUUUGCCACUCGAAAAUAAAAUUCAUAUCUUCGUGCCACGGUGUAAUAUCCUCUAUAUACAACUGGCUGGAACAUUGCACACAGUAAUGUUUGUGGGGCUUGGUAAAAUCAGUGUCAUGUUUCCACCUUGCGGCUUGUGAGGUGAACUUUAACGUAGCCUGGAUAACAGGCAUGGAGAUAGUGGGGAUGGCGCAAAGAUAAGCGCUGCACUCCACUUAAGGUCUCGGUAAACGAAAAUUUUAGUACAUUGCUCGAUUUUGUUUUUUUGGGAUUUUUGGCAUGAGUGGGUCCUAAAUUUUAUUUUGGCAGAAAAAGAAAAUCGGAAAGUGCUUUUUAACCCUUCUAAAAUGAGCCUCUUCUGAGCUAACCAGCCAAGCGUGGACCUCGCGCUAAAUCUUUAGAGCUGAUUUUCUCUCACUCUAUUUUAGACGCAAAAAUCAAAAUUCUCCGACCUCCAGUCGGGACAGGUUUUAAGCUAUCGCUUUGAAACUUUCAAAUAUGAUGGAUAAUGAUAUAGACUCAAAAAGGGUGUGAGGAAUUUUCCGAUUUCCCUUUGUAACUCAUGUUAUGCCAGUUUCUUUGCGUAAAUCGCGCUCGAGAUUCGACUUUUUAGUUUGAAAUGCAAUAAUUCCGCUAAUACGAGACAUAUGCAAAUUUCCUCACACCCUUUUUUAGGUCUUUUAUCUGUCAAUCAGAUGCAAAAAAAAGGAAGUGAAUAUUUAACAACACGAAAGGGCUGGAGCUUCAGCAGUAAACUCGAUACCUCUGAAUUCGAGAACAAAAAACUUAAGCACCUUUUGAAAUUCGAUAAAAUAAAAUUUUUUAGAAGGUAAUUUAGUCUGUUAGCUUUAAUUUGAUAUAAAUUAUAACUUGCCUUUGUAGCAAAAAUACUCGCGCGACUAGAAUUUUUUUCUGUGGGCACCUCGUUUUCCUUUACCGAGACCUUAACUCCUAGAACAGGCUAGAACAGGCAUUAUUUCUGCCUUCCUCAGGCAAGCAAAGGCAAGGGUGAAGAGAGCAAUGAGCACUUUGUUUUGAGUGUUGUUCGCCCAAAAAAAGCAAGGAAUACCACCUGUUCUGCAGACUUACUCUAUGUCACAAGGCAGACAAUUCAUUGUCUUUUUGAACAAAAGAUAACCUCAAUUUGUACAACUAUGUUUGUUUUUAGGAGGCUUCUUCCUGCUUACUCUUCCUUAGCCCGCUUUCCCCAGCUCAUUUUCACUAAAGACAACAGUGCAGAGUAUAAAGCAGAAAUGGAGCAUCUCCUUAAUAAGGCCAAGCUGAAUGAUACAGGUUUUGGUGGAGAAUGAGGAUGAAACCAAGAAAAGC